CCUCCAUCCGAGCCAGGCCUUUCCGAAUCUUCCGCCGCAAUGAGCAACGAGCCUCUUGCCAAACCAACUGUUGCUGAAGCCAGCGAUCUGCGCGGAUUCAACGGACGCCCCUUGCUACCUAAUUCUGGCACUAGGGGCUCAGCUGUGCCCAGAAGAUAAGGACGAGUUUUCUCAGAACUGCCUACUUUCGCUACGGUCGGCUACUGGCUGUAACCCAAAAUUUGGACACCUGCAGUACUUCCUCGAUCAGGUGAUACAUCUACAUCACCAUGUAUCUGCUCAACGCAUCUAAAGCAGACUCUGCCUCGAAGUAUUUGGCCACGGCUGCCGGUGCCGCUUAUUUACUUAGGAUUCAUCGUACUGAUGUCCUAUCCGAUUUUUCGAAUGAAGCAGUUGAUGAACGCGAGCGGCUUUGGAAGGCGCUUCGUAAACUUGACCUCUUUAUCAGUUCAUCCUACGGGCGGCCCAUUUCUACAUACGAAACGCGUCACUUGCAAUCUGAGAAAACUUGCUCCCCGGUAGUUGAUCUCGGUGUCACCUGCGAGAGCAUCUUGCUAAACGUCUAUCUUCGUCACAACCCUAGUGAGAAGUUCAUUCAGCAUAUCAUUGAGCAACAUCGGUCGUGGGUUUUACGCCUCUCCAAUGAAUUGGAAGUCGAUGGCAUUGCAUUCACGAAACAUCCGCAGGGUAUACAGCACCUGAUCCUAUCUUACGUGAACGGGUCAUACUACUGGGGCAUCAUUCUCCUGACCCGGCCCUACUGUCUUAACUACGUGUCCACAUACGUUACGGCUUUCGGUCAUCAAGGUGCCUUAGCUAGCGGGAGACGAGAGCUGAAAAUCAACACCUCUUUCCUAGAACAUACUAGAUGUACUUCGAUGAGGUGGAAGGCCCAUACCCAGGCUCUAUUCAGGAGAUCUGCCUCUGGUCGCGAUCCACCUCAAUGAGGUAAGUGCAACAUGUGCACAUCUUGGCCAUACGAUAGACUGCUUGCCGAACCAUCAGCAGAUGGGAU